ACAUGGAGCUGAAACAUCAUUUCCUCGACGAUGGCUGUUUAACUCGUUUAAAGCAAUCAGGCGUUGUCACAAUCAACCAUUUCUUGACGAAAGACGACAAAUUUCUCAUGAACUGCACGAAUUUAAGCCAGGAACACAUUUUGAUCAUCAAAAAUUACUUCAACACUGUUUACGAAGUGCCGGUUGAGCAAUCCGCUUACGAGAAUUUCGUUCGAAACAACUUCAGUGCAGGAAAAAUGCUUGAAACAGGCAUCCGAGGACUCGAUGAAUGCAUCAAAGGACUCACUUUCGGUUCAAUUUUGGAAAUAAUUGGCGCUCCAGAGGCAGGAAAAACGAAAAUUUGCAAUUCGAUCGCCUUAAAUAUCCUUUUACGUUACAAUUUUCCGUGCUUUUGGCUCGAUACGAAGUUGGAUUUUAGUCCAGUUGCUCUCACGAACGAAAUGACGCCGCGAUUCAAGAAUCAAAACGCAAUGGCAGUGGCAAUGAAGCGGAUUCAUGUGAUGCGAGCACUGUCGUUGCAAGAAACGAUCGAGACUUUGAAAUAUUUGAUCGAAAAAGACGAAAUUGACGCGGGAUUGUUGAUUUUUGAUUCGUUGUCGUCAAUUUUGGCGGAAUUUGUGGGUCAAACGUACAACAAGGGACAAGAAGGAUUGAAGAAAAUCAUUGAGCUGCUCAGAAAUUUGUGUGUGAAGAAGAAAUUUAUUGCUGUUGUGACAGAUUUGCAACAAAAAGAGCGAGUUUGGGAUAAACCGCAGAUGCAAAAUUCGGAAAAUAUCAAAACUGUGAAGAGUUUUCUCGAUAAAAUCGCAACUGAGAGACUCCUGAUGACACGAAAGGAGAAAACGAAGAACGAUAUUGAAGCGAAAAACUCAAAUAAGAGGGAAAUGUACGUGCUAAAGUCAAUUUCGGGCUUUGUGAGUACUGAAGCGAUCGAUGUUUCGAUAACUAAUGAAGGAGUCAUGUGAUAAAAUUUUAUUUUUAAGGCCUUUAAAUUAAUUUUUUUAGAAAAAUUCAUAAAAAAAUAAAGUUUAUAAAUAC